GCCCUGUCGCCAACGAGCGCCUACUGUUAAGCCAUUCAGUUAACAACAGCGGUAGCGAGAACGAAGUAGACGCCGGCACAAGGCAGAAGAGCAAAAGCCAGGUAAAGCGCACAGGCCGUCGAGUAUCGGACAACAGACUAUGGGCUGCUGCCGCCGCCGCCGCCACCACCGCCGCUGCAGAGUAAACAAGCACGCAAGCGAGUAACCACUCACUGGCGUACAGCAAAAAAGUCACUGCUAUCUCUACGCGAUCCUGGAGAACGUCGCAAAAGAAGCGGGAAGAAAUGGAAGAAGAAAGACAUCGGCCGCUUUGCCGGGCCGGAUACCGGCAACACUAGACGACGUCGGAAAAAAACAACAUCGACAUCGUGAAGGCGACGCAAGAGAGAAAGAUCUUCCUCUUGCUUAUCGCUAAACGCGCGUACGCGUGCUCUAACGAUACAAGCAGUUCUAGGUAGCGCAACAUCCACCCCGUCGGCUUGCGAGAGUUGCGCGCUGUCUAGCGAACUUCUCAAAAGCUGGUAGCUAAGCGACGAGUAACUCUAGCAUCGCCGGAUUGCCCUCGUAAAGUAGGUAGUCGCCGCUGUACGUGAACCCGUGAUAAGAGAACACAAGUAUAUGCGAGCGUCAAAUCAACGUGCUACGGCGUUCUGCUCCCGCCCACCUUUGCUGCUGCGCACGAGAGCAACGGGGGCCGCCACCAUCAAACGCAGCACCCGUCUAACCCGCGUCUGUUUCGCUGGCCUUCAUUGGAAUCUCGAAAGAGACACCGCCGAAAGCUACGAAAAUAAACAGAAACAUUUUGUGAAGAACAUAGGCAAAAAAAUAAUCGAUUUAUUUCGCAGCAGUCAGCUCGCCCAUGAUCCACACAAUAUUGUGAUCUGUGUUGUCUUGUGAAUCGUAGUAGAGCUAUUAUAUAAGCAGCUUCAGUGUAUCGUAGUGGCAGUGUGAAUCGAAGUAUGUGUAGGUUCGAUUGAAGAUGUCGCCGGAUUAGAUUGAUAGAAACUGAUCUUGAUGAUUGAUGGAAACGUCCGCUGAUCUUACUGCAACGUAACCGCGCGAAUCAGCUCGUCUGCCUUUGCCCCCGUUUGGAGUUUUCGAUGUUGGCACAAGUUGGCGUUUAUUUCGACAGCCGUCAACAGUAGUCGCUGGGCCUCUGGUCGGUUGGAAUCCUCCGUUCCGCGCUGGAGAACGCAGUCAGCUGAGAGAAUUUAGGCGCGUGUUCGUCUACGAGAGCAGGUGCAAAUGCGUUGCUCCUUUCCCUUGACCAGAGUUAGGAGGAACUCACACUGGGACGCGACCAAACAAGCAGAUCACGUGCCGUUACAACAACGACAGCGGUGGGGGCGGCGGCAACGGUGCAGCGACGACGGUAGUACCGACGACGACAGUAACAGUAGCAAAAACAACAACAAGCAUACUUUGGCUGAAUAAAUAGCUGUGGAAAAACAUGCUGGACGUAAGUAAUCCGUCAGGGUAUGCGUCCCUUUAGCACGCAGAAAUGAAUUUUGCUCUGCAUGCAACAUCAGGUUUCUUUUACGUUCUGUAAUAAGAAUGUUCGCUUAGCAGAUAAAAUUGUUCAGCACCGGAAAGGGCAGAUCAGACAAGCCAAUAACCUCCAAUCGUUUGCGAUAUAAACGUUGAUGAAGAAAGCCUGUCGCCCAUUAACUGGACGGCGUCAAGAAAAACAAAUUCACGUGCUCUAUUAUAAUAAUAAUAGUCAGGAUAGCAGUAACUAUUUCUAUUGGAUUUUCUCCCUUGAUGUGGAGCGAGCAACUGCAGUUAAUAAGUAAGCAUCACCGACGGAAACCCCAUCAGUACGAUAAUAAUCAUCGUGAGGCGAAGCUAUGUGGCAAAGGACAUCGAAGCGGAUUGACUAGUAAGUGUGGCUGUGUAUACGAAUACAAGCACAUAAGUUGAUCAAUCAAUAAAUCGAUUACACAAGGUCAAUAACACGUUGGCGUAACAGCAACAGAUAAAAAUUAAUGUAGUGGUGCUAUGGACCCUAUCAUUCUCCUUUGGCUGCAUGAUCAAAAGAAGCAAACAAAUCUGGAGCACCCCAAGUCGCCUCAGCAGCUGAAAACGGACUUCGGCACUGCGUCGACGCUCUCUUCACGGGUGCCCGUCCUUCAGAUCAUCAACAGUGACCAAAAAGAGGAUCGCAGCAGCUGCAGUGGCAGGUUUUCGGAAGGAUCAAUUUCGGAACAGUCUAACGCUGGCCGCCGACCUGGAACCUAUACGUGCAACACCGAAUCUGGCGGAUGCCUCAAUAACGAUACCAAAAACGAUAAUAUGAUAAAAAUGAACCCACAAUCGAUCCCGCAGUACUUUGAUGAAAACUCCAUUCAUAAGCUAUCGUCCCAACAUCAUCACCACAACCAUAGCCAACAGCAGCAACAGCAGCUACCGCAAUAUCUGCAAACAAUCCACCAAAACAGUAACCAACUGGUGUCAUCUGUGGCGCCACUAUCGAUCGAUACCGGGGGUAAAAAGUUGCUCGGAGGAGAAAAUACCCGUAAGCGAGCUGCCGAAGUGCCAGUAUCGUGGAUAGCUUCGUCCGUAGCCGUACAGCAACAGCUGAUCAGCAAUCCGGCAACGGCAGUUAAUCGCUGUAACAACAACAAAGACCUGUCCACACAGCAGGUGACCUCACUCUCCGGUAACAGCGCACAACAGCAUCUGCAACUGCAUCAACAACAGCAGCAGCAGCAGCAGCAGCAGCACAGCGGAAGCAGCACUGGGCACACCGGAGUAUCGCCGGUUCCGUCACUAACCUGCUCGGACAUUGGGGAAAUGGACCUCGACUUCUGGGAUGUUGAUACGACUAAGACAGCAGACAGUGACGUUGUUAGUCAGCCAUCAUCAAUGCUAGUUAACAACAACAAUGGCGGCUGCGGGCAGCAAACUUACAAUUCGCAGCUAAACGGCAACGCAACGAACAAUAGUCAUCUUGUGCAGCAGCAGCAGCAGCAGCAGCAACAACUCUAUGGAAAUAACAAGGAUUGUUCGCUGCCGUCAUCAGGUUUAACUUCACUAUCGCAAGCGUCAAAUGAAAGUAAUGGUGUAUUUGGAAACGUUGUAACCUCUUCGUAUGGGAACCGUAGUGGCACUCCUAGCGGCCUAGUAAGCAGCAAUAUUGCUUCUAGCGUAUUUGGCAACCGUAACGUAGCUCCUAAGAACUACUACCAAGGAGUGUCAUCCGGUGGACCCCUAAAUCUGGGAAUCCAAGGAGUUAGUCUAGAUGGCGUAGGGAAGUCAGUCCCUGGCUGUGCAGGGACAGAAUCGCUUGGACGAUCCCCUAGUGGGCUAAUUACAUCGGCUCUUGAUGCCAAUAACAACAACAGUAGCAGCAAUUCCGGAAGCGAAACCAUUCAGAGUGAUGCUGGAGAUCUCAAAGGAACUCUUUUUUCGAAGAAACCUGGAGGACCGACUGGGCCCUCGUCUGCCGGAGGGCCCCAGUCGCGGCAACAAGAGGAGCUCUGCCUCGUGUGCGCCGACCGCGCUUCCGGCUACCAUUAUAAUGCCCUCACCUGUGAAGGAUGCAAAGGCUUCUUUCGGCGAUCAAUCACAAGGAAGGCUAGGUAUCAGUGUAAGUACGGCGGUCAAUGCGAAAUGGAUAUGUACAUGCGACGGAAAUGUCAACAUUGCCGCUUCCGGAAGUGUAUUAGUGUGGGGAUGAGGCCGGACUGUGUUGUACCUGAAUCUCAAAACGUCAUGAAGCGUCAAAACAAGAAGAAACCAGACCCAGAAACACUGAAACCCAAUGCCAGCACCCCUGAAGCCGUCGAAGUACACGACGAGAAACCAAAUCUGGCAGCCCUUAAUCGUGCUAUACGAGAGGUGUGUCCUUUGACAUCUGAUCAAGAGUGCCUAAUCAAUAGGCUGGUUUACUACCAACUAGAGUUCGAGUCACCAUCACCUGAAGAUGUCACUAGAGUCACAGGGUUCCCUUUGGGAUGCUCCGAAAAAGACAGCCAAAAACGCUUCGAACACAUUACUGAGAUUACGAUACUUACCGUCCAGCUGAUCGUCGAGUUCAGCAAGCGUGUGCCUGGAUUUGAUACGUUACAGCGCGAAGACCAGAUCACAUUACUUAAGGCGUGUUCGAGCGAGGUGAUGAUGCUGCGUGGAGCACGCAAGUACGACGUCGCCACAGAUUCAAUUGUGUUCGCGAAUAACCAGCCCUAUACGCUCGAUAACUAUCGAUCAGCGUCGGUGGGCGAAAAUGCCGACGCGCUGUUUCAGUUUUGCCGAAAUAUGUGCAACCUCCGUGUCGACAAUGCGGAAUAUGCCCUGUUAACAGCAAUCGUUAUCUUCUCAGAACGUCCGGCCCUACUUGAACCUGAUAAGGUUGAACAAGUACAAAUGUUCUAUGUGGAAACCCUUCGCCGGUACUCGGAGAAUCAUCGAAAUCCGCCGGGGUCGCCCGCGCACUUCGCUAAACUGCUCGCCAUUUUGACUGAAUUACGUACAUUGGGUAACAUGAACUCGGAGAUGUGUUUCAACAUCAAAUUCAAACAGAAUAAGGAACUGCCACCAUUUCUUGCCGAGAUUUGGGACAUCCAAGAGGCUUCAUAAUCGCAACAAGCGUAAUUUUUAUUUGAAUCGAGGUCAUUGACAAACAUCAGUCUGCUGUCGAGUCCUCGAUCUGUACCCAUGUGAAGUGCUCGUUCCGUGUUUUUUCGUUAGAACCGCGCGAACCUAGACGGGCUGCGAAACAGUUGUUCUGCGAAAUAAAUGAUCGUGCAGUCGACCCUCGCUGCACGUAACAACGACAGUAGCAACAACAGCUCGAAAAAAACCUGUGAUGAAGACCGGAAUCGAGACAAGGCCAUCGCUGGGUCAUUUGCGCCGACAUUUUUGUCUGUCUUCUUCCAUCCGCUUCGGCAGGAAACACCUGAGGCAGCUUUAAUGGUCGCAACUAUUCAAGAUGAUUGUGGGUGGAUGUGAGUGUCGGCGAACAGGAAGAAUCUAGUUGGCCAUCUAAUUCGCUAACGCAACUCGUGCCGAUUCGGUGUUGAUGUACGAUGUAUACUUUGUAAAUACAUGUCUUCCAGAUGCCUUGCCGGGCCACUGAGUUAUGUUGAACCA